UGCGAUGAGAAAGUCACCAAGAGACGGGUACUUCAUACAUUUCUACAGCUGUAUACGACAGAAAACGGCACAGACGACAAACGUUUAUUAAAACCAGACUCAGGACAGGUGGAAGAUACAGAGGCUCAGGCUGGGGAGGGAGGCGGAGCUCGGAACGGCCUGCAUGCUCCGUACGAAGCCGCCGCGCGCUCCGCCCUCAGCCCGGCGCCGGGCGGGCCCGGGGAACAGGAGCGACCCGCACGCCGCCCCUGACAGCAGCUGCCUACCGGGCCCCGCCGCGCUGGGCCGCAGCAGGCAUGUUUUUCCAGUCCUGUCUCUGCACAUUUACUGGAAGAAUGUCUUUGAGCAGCUGUGGUGCUGUUUUGAGUGGUCUGCAGAAGGAGCGAAGCUUUGUGUUUAAAAUGGAAGUUGAUGUGAAUGGAGAGUCCAGAACUGCCCUCUCCACCCUCCCUGUGCCUCUUGCAGAGGUGAGUUCUGCAGCCAGGAUGGAAGCAGAAAGGCCACGCUGUUCCAGCACCCCCUGCUCACCAUUACGGCAGACAGUUGCAGGAUAUCAGAUCCUUCACAUGGAUUCUAACUACCUGGUUGGCUUUGCAACUGGAGAGGAGCUGCUAAAACUAGCUCAUAAGUGUACAGGAAGUGAGGAGAAUAAAGGAGAAUCUGGUCCUAACUUGGGCUCCAAACAUAUUGAUUCAGGACUUCCACGUUCCUCGCGUUUGUACAAAACUAGAAGUAGGUACUCCCAGCCAUAUGAGAUCCCAGCAGUAAAUGGAAGGAGGAGGAGACGGAUGCCCAGCUCAGGGGAUAAAUACAGUAAAGCUUUACCAUAUGAACCUUACAAGGCACUUCAUGGUCCCCUGCCUCUCCGCCUUUUGAAAGGACGUGGACUUCAGAAAAAUAAAGCUGUGACACUAUUUUGCUGUAAAACCUCCAAUCAGCUGCUUGCAUUCCUGUCUCCUGUGGAGUUGAUUAAUUUAGAACUUCAGCCAGAAGGUAUGUCCUUAAAACCUUUUAAAAACAGUUGAAAUGACUAGCAUAAAUCUAUAUGAGACUUGAAGAGUGUGGAGCCCACAGAUAUUUGUAUCAUCUUUUUAUUGCUUCCAACUGACAUCAUUUGGAUCUCAGAAGAAAUAGCAGAGGAGAAGGAUUUGGCAAAAAUCACUCUCUUUCUGGGUGUAAUGCAUGACAGAAGUCUGCCUGGGAAGGAUAAUUACAACCUGUCCAGACCCCCAAGUAGAAUGUUUUUAUGAAGUAUUUGAGAAUUAAAUAUGAAUACAUUAUGAAGGAUCUAUUUUAUAUGCAUUCCAAAUAUAAUAGGUACAAAGCCCAAGGAUACAUCCAUAUGAAGUAUUGAUUUCCUCAGAACGUAAUCCCUUCACCCCUGGAUUUAAUUCCUAUCUAUUCAGCUUGUGCUAAUUGACUCUGCCUACAGCUAUUCAAGCAAUAAAUAAGAUAAAUUUCAUGCAAACAUAUAGUCUUGUAUGUCUCCUUCACUCAUAAGGAUAAACAGAUAAUGAAGGAUGAAAUAAAAUUUCUGCAGAGAGGAAUGGAAGGCUUUAUAAAACCUGCAUAACUCUCAUAGUACCUGAAUGGUAAGUAAAUGUCAGGGCUACAGGGUAUGUAUUUACAGUCUUCAUAACUGAAAUAUUUUCUCUUUUGUUCAAAAAUAGAAGAAAUAUUGAGCUAUGGAUUGAACAUCUUGUUCCUCCUUCAGAGGCUUGCUUUCAAUGCUGUUCCAUUAUUGUCUGCACAAGUAGCCAAUACCCAUCCACUGCAAUGAUUCAUUCAUAUUGCAGUUUAGUAUCUCUGAUCCUUCAGGCAUUAAUAUAUUUGUUCAUUACACUUUUACUGCUGUUUCUCCACACUGAGCAGCAUUUUACAAUUACGAGAGGUCCGACAAACAGGCUAUACUGACUAACAGUAGCAUAUCUCAAGUCACUAUUCAGAAGUCAUACCUACAGGAGUAAGCACUGUAUUCUGAAUACUGUUGUUUAGCUUUGAUCAGGAUCUGUGUUUAAUUUAUUUCAGUUUCCUAUAUUUCUUGAGAAUAAACAAAGCUUUAAGUAUAUGAUAAAUGAGCUUUGCAUGAGGCAUAUUUAUAUACCAGCAGGGUUGCUAAUGUUUAUGGUCCUUUUUCAUGAUUUUGUAUAUAUAUUAAAAAUAUAUAUAUACAUACUCUAUGCAUUUAUAUUCUUAUAUUAACUGCAGCAAAUUCAGCUUCUUGGAAAAUUAAAUACUAUGCCAAAAUAGAAAUUAACAUACAAUAAUAUAAGAUCACUUAAAAUGUAGGUAGAAAUUGUGACCUAUUUUAACUUCUUAAAGUAGUACUAUGAGAAAAUUACUGAGGUUUAUAGGCCUGCUUGUUAGAGAGGUCAAAUGCCUGCAGUCCUGUUGAUUCCUCCUGGGAUGGAUAUUCAGCACUCCUGUAAACCUGACUAAGUUUUUGCCACAGAUAUCUUUAAAAUAGUCUUAUUUGGCAAGAACAUGAAUAUGAGAAAAGUACUGGUCAUCAGCUUAGUAUAUUCCAAAAGCAAACAAUCUGGUAUUAGGUAUUGGCCUCCUAUGAUUCUGCAAGAGAUUUUAAUAAACAAACACUGCUUCUUCCAAACCUCUGCUGUUAUCACUGAUGAUGCUGUUGCACAAAUAUGUUCUGGUGUGAUAAGGGAAUAUGUUAAAAUGAAAAUCUUUUUUGAAACAGGAAGUGUUCAGUGUUUCCCUGUUUCAAUUUUGUUUUCAUACAUGCUGCUUGCCUCACGCAUUAAAAAAAAAUAAAUUAAGAUAAACUUAUUUAAAUUAUGUGUAUAUUGCUAGUAAAGCAAAGUUGUAAAGAAAAUACUGUCUGAAACUUUUAAUCAGAAUGUAUUAAAAUUAUGUCAGUUUAAGUAUAUAUUGUGUCUGAUUUAAGGACCAAACAAAUCUAUUCUAUAUUUCUGGGUCAUGUAUAUACAAGAUAUAGUGCAUUGAACUAGGUUAUGCUACCCUGUGCUUCAGUGGAAAGGAAAUUUUGGAUUUGCUACCACAGUAUAUAGACAGGGGAAAACCUCCAGUGUCUUAUAUCUAUACAAAUGGCUACAAACCCAAAUCUAAGGUGAGACACCAGCUAAGCUAGGCAGAACUCAAUACAUUUGCAGAGAGGCUGACAUUUGAAAAGGACAUGUAACAGAGGCCUGGUUUCAAUACAUUGUGGAAAAGGAUCCCUGCCUUCCAUGUUUGGGAUAUGAUUACAGAGGAUUUUUUUCCACAUUUCCAGUAAUUACUUAUGUGGUUGCCAGAAUGGUAAGUGAAGUCUGCACUCAAACUUUCCUUGGGAAAGUGUACAGGAACAUCCUAGCCCUAUUGUAUGAGCUCAGAUGCAUGGAUCAUGAGUCUCAAGAAACAUUCAGAAGCUGGGGAAUGCUCUGUGCAUUUGGAACUGCACACAAAGGACAGGUGCUUAUGGCCUAGUUUCACUUUCACCUUCUUGUGACUGCUAUUUGUCCUGCAGGACACCAACAAAGUGAAGGCUAACUAAGAAUGUUCCCUGAUAUCCAGUCUAGUUUUUCUGUUUGCAAGAUGGAAAGUAACAUGUUGCCUAUCAUCAGAGUGCAUAGCAUGGCUUUCUUGAAGUUCACUAACUUGUUUUUUUCUUCAAAGUGAAGCUCAGCUCUACUGUUUUCUGUCACUUUUAAGGGAAGGUAUCUAUCUACACAAAUACCUGUUAAGGUAUAUAAAUAGCUGAAUAUAAAAAAACUCCAUUGGCUCUUUGGUGAAAUGUAUUUGGUAUAAAAUUUGAAAAGCUUUCUCAUCACAUGACUGAUGUAGAAACCCUUUUCACUCCUCUUUCUGUUUACUUCUUUAGAGGGGUUAACCUUGUGUUUAACCCUCAAAGGGAGAGACAGACACCAAAAGAACCACCAUACCAGCUCUUUGGUUUGUGAGAGACCUCAGAGCAUUGAGGUAACACUACAGAUAAUAUGUAGAUCUGAGAUAUUAGAGUUAAGUUUUGUUGAUGAUUGCUGAGGUAAAUAUUGAAUGUAUGCAUACAUGAUUUAAGGAUACAAAUGACUGGGAAUAAUGCUUCUCUGCAGAGCAGGUCAGAUGCCUUUACCAGGCUUGUUGACAACAGCUUUCUGCAACAAAUGGUUUGUUCUGUAACACAUAACCUGCUGUCAUCUUCAUGUAUUGACAAUGACACUCCAAGGUCAUAUGGAAGAUGAAAGAAGAAUUCAAAUAUUUGUUGGCUGAGGCACUAAGUAAGCUAACCUAUUAAGGUUAAAUAGGUUACAGUUUUAAUGAUUGUUUUUCCAGACCUGGUGUACAGAGAAAGGUUUGAAGAGACUUUCUAGGUUACUAGUUUUUCAGGUUUUUGUGGUACCCACUAUUAGAAAACAGUUUGCCUCAAGCAAAGCGAAUCUGUCAAAACGCAAUGUUUCUCUCCCCCAUCACUGCUGAAACUUCUAAAGAUGUCUGUGCUGUGUGUACAGUUAUAAUGAGUUAAAAUGUUAUUUGUUGGCUUUGCAUUUCUGCCAGUCUCACUCCCUCAGUCUGCAUGCUGUAGCAGAUUUGCUGAGAGACUUUAAACACUGUAGUCUAGCCUACAUACCACUUUCUUGUGUGUCUUCACUGGCAUCAUACUUCACUGUGUAGCUGUACUCCAAAAUUUCCUCAUCUACUACUGUUUUCCUUCUCUUCCCUGGUCUGUUUCUACUCAUCAUGCUCCUUCCUUUUUAUGUCCUCUGUCUCUCUACAGUCUCUGGCCAGGGCUUUUUCUUUUGCAGUCCCUUUGGCCUGGAUAGCUGCUUGUAUCUGUCAAAUCCUAAUCAUCACUGAAACCCUUAAAAUUAAUUUUCUUCAAGGAACUAUUCUGGUUUAUUUGCUCUGCCUGUAGUCUCUGUUCUCAGUUUGUUUGGGUUUUCUUCCUUUCCCUUUUCUAUUUGAUCCAAUGUGCAGGGGCAACAGGAGGCACAGAAAAGACAUUAAUCUGGGUUUGUGAAUCUGUUGUGCAUUACUGAAGGCUGUAGCAGUGUCACAGUGCCUUUUCUACUCUUAGUCCACCAAAGAUGCAAAGCUGUUAAAACUCCAGUUCUUAUUUCACACUCUUAGCUCUGACAGUUUCAUCAGCUGGACAGCAAAGCCCCUACAGAACAUGUAUUUGCAGCACUCCUUUCAAGUGGCUGUUUGACUAAAAUGAGAUCAGGGAGAAAUGUACUGGUUUAAGCCUGGCUAUAAUGAAGUUGAUACACGAAUGAUUGCUUCUCCAUCACACUUUCUUGCUUGCACUUACUGCUCACAUGGCCAGAGCAGUUUUUUGUUCCCUUACUGAGGCACUGAAGGCAAAAGUGGUGGAGAUGCUGUCUUUCAGAGACUUGAAACUUGAAGCUGAUUUUCUGAAAGACAUCUUAACACAUCUGAAAGAUACCUUAGCUUCUUUGCAUAGCCCUUAGCAAAUCCUUUGUGCUCUUUGAAGCUGACAGACUGUUGUUUGCUUUAAUGAUUAUAAAGCCUGUGUUGCAGUUUCCCUCUCAGAGCUGAAUGUGAGGUUUUAUGUACACAGUAUGUGUUCAGACAGUGUGCAAUCCUUUUGUGACUGGUUCUCUAGAACUGUUCACUUUGUUUAUACCACCAGGAAUUUUAGUGUGUAGCUGAGUUUAGCUGCUUUGGCUGCAUGAGGUUAUUUGUUUCUGUCGUGCAGUCUGCAUUUACAUUAGUAACACAUAAUUUUCUCUGCUUGCUCUCUAUCAUACAUUGUUUAGGUACCAUAACUGACUCGGAGGCUUUUUCAUCUCUGACGUGAAUCCUUUUCCUGAAGCUUAAGAGAAGAAUGUUAGAGGCUGCUGGUUAGAAUUUCUGCAAAAAAAAUUCCAUAGAGGUGCUUUAUUUGUUUAGGAAUAAAUGAUUUUACAGUGUGAUUUAGUACUUAUUGCUUUCUAGUUCUCCGUUACAGGAGAAAAAGUAAUAGGAACAAUGUUUAUGUGGAGGGGAAAGAAUCAGCAGAAGUAGUGUGUCUCUUUGCACAGUUAAAACAACAGCAACAAAAACCUAACCCAGAGGGUAAUGCAGAAAAAAGUGCAGUUUUAGUGAAUAUCAUGGGGUCAGAAAAAGUAUGACCAUAUUGUGAAUAGUGAAUUUGAGGAAAAAAACCCUGGAGGCAUGAGAUUGUUUCACAGCUAAUUAGUCAAGUCACACUGUGUUUUCCCACUCUACACUUCCUUAGUGUGAGAGAAUUUUGCAAGCAUUAAAAUGUUAAAUAAACUAUUAUAUUAUCAAAAUUCUGUUGGUUAUGAAUAACAUCAAUAAAUCAAUUUGAGAAAGAAGUUGCUCCUCUUGUUAGCCUGUUUGAGAGUCCCUUUAAUGUUUUAGGACACCUUUUAUACUUUGUUGAGGUGAGCGGAGGCAUAUAUGAAAAUGCAGUAGUACCUCCAACAGGUCAUUUCUUAUGUGAAAUGCUUUCAAACUUCUCUUCAUGUGAUCUUGAUUAGUUGCAGUGCAUCAUUUAUCACCACUGAAUACUCCUUCAAUGACAAACCCCUGUGCAUCCCCUUAUUUUUCCUCCUACUAUGCAAGAGGUUUCUUUUUCAUCGCAGUGCCACUUACAGAUUUUAAGGUCGAGAAGAUGCACACUGUGGAUAUGUUUAGAUAUUUAUGCUGAGUCUUUGUUCGUCCACUGAUACAGCAACUAGACUGAAGCUGCAUAGGGACAAUAGAAGAAAAAUGUCCCUUAAGCACUUCUGUCUACCCAGUUGCCCCUCUCUGAACCAAAAUUUCUAGGGUUCAAUGCUUUUGUAUGAAUGCCAGUUUGGCACUCUAAACAACUGAGGCGAGAAAAACUUUAAACAAAAAAAAAAAUCAUGCAUUUAAUUAGGAGAGGCCUGGCUUUGUAUUAUAAAUUUUUAUCCUCAGCAGUAUGGAGAUCUUUAAGCUGUUCCCUUAAGGGUUUCUUGGUAGAGAGUUUCCACUUGGUCAAAAAGCUCUUUCUAGGCAGUUAUGUCCAGAGAAAACAUGUCUGAGCUUCUAGACAGUAAACAGCAGCUCAGUCCCACAGGGUCUAGGCUGAUCUGGGUAAGGUUAAAAUAUGGGCAGUGACAAUCAGUACAAUCACAGGGUGUCUGUGUAGAUGUGCAUAUGUAAUGUUGACUACAAAUAUUUUAUUUAACCUUGGUGCAAGCUUGAGCAAAACAGCUUAUGUGAUAAAUAAAUUGGGCUACAGAUACAUCAGACUAUGUCUUUAUCAGUCCUUCCAAGAUUUUAAAUAAUGUGCUCAUUUCACCUGUUUUCUCUCUGUCUUUAGAUGCUCUAGAAUGUUGUCAGAGUAACAAGAUAACUUGUAAUCCAGAAAUAAAUUCUAACUUUGUUUAUA